AGUCUUGAGCAACUUACAAUAUACAAAAUAGCAAAUCCUAACCCUUGUUUUUCAACACCGUCGACAUGAAGACUUUCUUCUCUUUCAUCAUCAUCUCCUUUCUUCUUCUGUUUGUGAAUGUCAGCUAUGGAAGAAAAGAACCAGGGGACUACUGGAGAAGUGUGAUGAAAGAUGAACCAAUGCCCGAAGCAAUCAAAGGGCUAUUACAUGAAGAUCCGAAAGGUUCGGCCAUGGAUCCCGGUAAGAAAAUGGAGCAGUUCGUCAGAGAUUUCGACAGCAGGCAUAGCCUUAUAUACCACAACAGCCCCGAGUCUAAGCAACAAGGCAAGACAUCUGAUAAAGAACUAGACAGCAAAA